AUGCCACAUGCUACAGUCAUCCUGCAAGACCUUGCCUACGCCGUUGCCUGCCCUCGUCCCCUUGGCGCAAACUCCGAUCGCCCAGGUUCAAACCCAGGUCCCGAUGGCCGCGCCUGGCACGGGCUUGUGAUGUGCCGCACGCAUGAUGCGUGUGCGCAGCGAACAGUGCAAACUGGGAACUGCGCCAUACUCUAUCCAAGUGUGGGUAAAGCACCAGGCGCUCGGCGUGGCGGCGUGAGGCGGCUGGGCUUCAUCCACGCCUUGGCCCUCUCGGUUGUUACGACUUCAGGCUCUCGCACCGUCAUGUUGGGUGGAGUUGUGCAGAUGGGGUGCACCCUCGUGGACGCCAAGGAGGCCAGGAUCCCAGGACACACCCGGUGA